AUGUCAUGCAAGGCUGAGGACACCAGCUCCAAGAUCACCAAGGAUUUAAAAGAGAAGAAGGAGGUUGUAGAGGAAACAGAGAAUGGAAGAGAUGCACCACCUAAUGAGAAUGCUAACAAGAAAAAUGGGGAACAGGAAGCUGACAAUGAGGUAGAUGAGGAAGAGGAAGAAGGUGAUGGUGAGGAAGAAGAUAGAGAUGACCAUGAGGAAGCCAAGAUAGCUAAACAUAAAUGGGAAGCUGACGGUGAUGAGGAUGAUGAUGUUUACACCAAGAAGCAGAAUACCAACAAGGAUAACUAG